AUGUCGCCACGAUGUCCACACGCGGAAGAGUGGGAUGAUAAAUAUGCUCAAGUUCGUGGGAAAAGUGAUGAAGCGAGCGAUGAAGAUGAAAACGAUGACGAUACAAGUGUACCAAGAAAACUUGAUAAGACUGCCAGUAGUGAAGCUGGUGAAAAGAUUAGCGAAAAAGAUGGUGAAAAAUCAGAUAAAUCAGCUGAAAAACAACCUGCAAAAUCGGUGGUCAAGGAUUUCACUGCAAAGGUCAAAGGCAAUAUUUCCUCACUGACCAGAACGAAAAGCCGCAAGAAUAAGAAUAAAAACGUAAUUAUAAGCGAUGAAGUGGCAGAUGAUCAGUCCAAAGACGGUGACAAGGCCGCAAAUGACAAAGCCGCAGACGAUAUUAAGGUAGCAGAGGAUGAAACCUUGAACGGCAAAAUCCCAGCCGAUAUGGCCAAAAACACUGAGAUCGCAAGCGAUACGAUCACAGACGACCAAGUCGCAAAUGAUAAGAUCACAGUCGAUGAAGCUGCAGGCGACUGA